ACAAACAUGCGCACAAGAAUGUAACAAACCUGCGAACCCACCAGCCCAGCCCAUCCCUGACAAAUUUCCAACUCAGUUCGCGUUGACUCAGUUGUUGACUCACUCAUUUUUUCCAUCUCCUUGAUCCCCAAGUCUUUCCUUGCUUUUCCCUCUUCCUCAAAAUUUCCGUUUCAGAAACCAGGGACAAAAAAAAAAAAAAAAAAAAAAAGAAAAAGGGAAAACUCGAAGCCCCUGUAAUAACUGUACGGUGGAACUAAACCGAGUUAAGCGAUCGAUUUUUAGCGAGUCAGUAACGAGUCGGGGGUAUGGCUUCGGAAGAGAAGAGAAUCGAGGACGAGUUGUCGUAUCCGAUUCUACUAUCGGAGCAAAUUCGGUCGGUGGUCGAUGAGGUCGAGUCCUUCAAGCUCGAGUGCUCGGAAGUUGGCAAACAUGUCGAUCGGAUUUCCCAAAUGCUUCGAACCGUGGUCCGGUUAACCACCACUACUCCGGUUAUGUACGAGCGCCCAAUCAGACGCAUAGUCGCCGACGUUUCGAAGAAUUUCGAGCGUGCCCUAACUCUGGUCCGCAAGUGUAAGCGCCGAAGUGUACUUCGCCGAGUCGUCACCAUCACAAGCGGCACCGAUUUCCGAAAGCUCUUCGUUCUUCUAGAAUCUUCCGUUGGCGACAUGAAAUGGUUCCUUAGUGUUUUCGACUCUGAUAAUGGCGGCGGCGGUGGUAUUGGGGUUUCUCUUCCCCCAAUUGCUAGUAACGACCCUAUUCUCUCAUGGGUUUGGUCUUAUAUUGCUUCUAUUCAAAUGGGUCAACUUCCCGAUCGCAUUGAGUCAGCGAACUCGCUCGCUUCGAUUGCAAAAGACAAUGAUAGGAACAAGAAGAUUAUAAUCGAGGAAGGUGGGGUUCCUCCAUUGUUGAAGCUCUUGAAGGAAAACUCCUCACCAGAGGGUCAGAUUGCCGCAGCGACGGCGCUUUACAAUUUGGCAAACGAUCAAGAAAGGGUGAGAGCCAUCGUUGACGAGGUUGGGGUUCCGAUUAUUGUGCAGGUUCUUGGGGACUCGCCCAUGAAGGUUCAGACAAUGGCAGCGAGCUUGGUAGCGAGGAUGGCGGAGAAUGACAAUGUUGCUCAAGAGGAUUUCGCUAGAGAGAAUGUAAUCAGGCCGCUUGUGACAUUGUUGUCGUUCGAGACUUUUGUGGAUGAUGAUCCCAAUCUUCAUCAACCUGGUAAGCAAAGCAUUCAUUCCAUUGUACAGAUUAAUAAGGAAAUGGAGAAAAACUCCUCGAGUGUUUCUAAUAGCAGCAUAAACAGAAACCGUCCGUUUAAGAGUUCAUUAUCGAAUUCAUCGUAUUCGUAUUCAUAUUCACACAUGGAUGGAAGUAGUCGGGGUGGGAAUCACAGGAAGGAGAGGGAGAAUGAGAAGCCUGAAGUGAAGCUUCAGCUGAAAAUCAGCUGUGCAGAAGCUCUGUGGAUGCUUGCCAGAGGGAGUGUUUCGAAUAGUAGGAGGAUAACAGAGACAAAAGGCCUCCUUUGUUUGGCAAAGUUGGUUGAGAAGGAAGUGGGGGAGUUGCAGUACAAUUGUUUGAUGACCAUAACAGAGAUAACAGCUGCAGCCGAAUUCAAUGCCGACCUUCGGAGGGCCGCAUUCAAAACCAACUCACUUGCUGCUAAGGCAGUGAUGGAUCAGCUUUUGAGGUUGAUUGAAGAGUUGGACAGCCCUACAUUGCAAAUCCCUGCCAUAAAAUCAAUUGGGUCAUUGGCUAGGACAUUCCCUGCAAGAGAGACCAGGUUCAUUGGUCCUCUAGUUGCUCAUCUUGGCCAUAGAGACUUAGAUGUGGCUACAGAAGCUGCAAUUGCACUUGGGAAGUUUGCUUGUCCAGAUAAUUUUCUUCAUAUGGAGCAUUCAAAGACAAUAAUUGAAUUCAAUGGUCUUCCGCCCUUAAUGAGACUGCUAAGAGGCAGUGAACAAUCACAGUUGCAUGGUCUGGUCCUCCUUUGUUACCUUGCAUUACAUGCAGGCAAUAGUGAUUCUCUGGAACAAGCUAAAGUUUUGAAUACCCUUGAUGGGGCGGACCGUAUAACGGUGCAACAUCCUGAGUUAAAAGAAUUGGUGGCACAGGCUGUAUAUCACCUCAAAAUGUAUCAUUCUGGAGUUCAUUCUCAAAGGUUAACGUAUGUACCUUGAAUAUGAUUUCAGUGAGCAAGUUGACCCACUAUUUUUCCAGGAGCAUUGUUAUGCCACCCUGUAGUUGGACCAGGUUCAUACAAAUUUUAUCUGAAGUAGGGCAUAUAGAAACAUACAUAAUUGUCAAAUAAGGAAAAUACAGUAUAGUUUCAUUAAAUUGAUUGUCGUUGGGUGAAGGGUUGAUGCAUAGUGUGAUUAGAUUGGAUGGUUUCUAUACCUGGUUAGCUUCUUACGUUGAAGUGGAUUUGUUGUUCAUAUGACAGUAUCAAAUUCAUAUCUGACUAAAAAGAUCCAGUUAUACAAGUAAUUUUUGUGGUAUGGUGAGUUGGAAGUGAUUUCUAUGUUUUGAAUUUUGAUCUCCAGACAUCCUGGUUAAUGCCAAUUUGUUUCAUUGAAUUAUGUGUGAUGAGCUGUUAUGGGUUUGAUGCGUUGGCACACUACCGAACUUAGUGGGUGAGCGUGUUUGUGGUGCGAUUCAUGUUGCUUUCUUGCUUUCUUUUUUUGAGUGACACGGCUUUUUUCCCCUGUUAAUACUGCUUCAAUGUUUGUGAUGGCAAAUUGUAAAAUCCCUUGAAUUUUUGUUUGAUUAAUGGAGGUACAGUUCCAUAUGCA